AUGACAAUGGACCUGGUGGAGCAGAUGAACGAGCAGGAGAAGCGCAAGUACGUCAAGGGCAAGAAGCUCGGCGAGGGCACAUACGCCAACGUCUACCUGGGCCACGCGCGGCACGACGCCGGCGUGCUGGUCGCCAUCAAGAAGAUCAAGGUCCAGAAGGAGUACAAGGACGGCCUGGCGCCCGACGCCGUGCGUGAGCUCAAGCACCUGCAGGAGCUGCUCGGCCACCCCAACAUCAUCAGCCUGCUGUCUGUCUUCAGCAGCAAGGACCAGAACCUCAACCUCGUGCUCGAGUACCUGCCCCUGGGCGACCUCGAGAUGCUGAUCCGCGACGUCGACCGCGUGCGCUACGGUACCGCCGACAUGAAGGCCUGGAUGGGCAUGCUGACGCGCGCCGUGUGGUUCUGCCAUGACAACUUCGUGCUGCACCGCGACAUCAAGCCCAACAACUUGCUCAUCGCCGCCAACGGCGAGGUCAAGCUGGCCGAUUUCGGUCUGGCCCGCAGCUUCGCCGACCCCGGCACCCGCAUGACGGCCAACGUCAUCACGCGCUGGUACCGGCCGCCCGAGCUGCUGUUCGGCGCGCGCCACUACUCGGGCGCCGUCGACAUUUGGUCCGUCGGCCUCGUCUUCGCCGAGCUCGUGCUGCGCGCCCCCUUCCUGCCCGGCAACACCGAGGUCGACCAGAUCAACCUCAUCUGUCGCCAGAUCGGCACCCCCACCGAGGACAACUGGCCCGGCGUGACCCAGCUUAAGGAGUAUACCGUCCCCAGCGAGGUCGUGCCCGUCUGGGGCAAGGACGCCUACAUGUCGCGCUUCGGCGGCGCCGGCUCCGACGGCGUCGACCUGCUCGUCCGCACUCUCGCCCUCGAUCCCAAGAACCGCAUCACGGCCCGCGAGAUGCUCGAGCACAGGUGGUGGCGCACAGACCCGCGCCCCACCCGCAACGAGGACCUACCGCGCAAGUCGGCCGGCGGAGAGGAGAAGGCUGCCGUCGACCUCAGCCGCCGGAACGGCGUCGUUGACGACGGCGCCCGCGGCACAAAGGUCGCGCGGAAGCUGGAUUUUGGCGCUGCGAGAUAG